AUGGUGCGAUAUUUUGUAAAUCCGUACGAGAAAGGUGGGUCUAAUCUCGUUCUUAACAAUGAAGUAAUUAUUCAACAAAUUAAUGAAUAUGUUAAAAAUAUUAUUAAACAUCUGCAACCAACUCAUAAAAAUGUGGAAGGUGGUCUGUAUGUCGGUGUAACAGGGGUUUCUUUUAUGUUUUAUUACUUGUCAAAAAAUUCUCUUUUAUCAGAAUAUAAAAAUGGAUACAUUGAAAAGGCUCAGGAAUAUUUAAAACCUGCAUUAGAAUGCUCUGCUGGUGAAAGUACUUCAUUUUUGCUAGGGGAUGCCGGGACCUAUGCUUUAGCAGCAGUUCUUUUGAAAGAAAAGGGUGAUGAUCGGUUUUCUGAAUUUUUAAAAAUGUACAAGGCUCUUUAUAGUCAGUACCUUAAUCCAAAGUUUCUAAAAUGUGGUGGAGAUGAAUUUUUUGUGGGACGGGCUGGCUAUCUUGCAGGGACCCUUUGGAUGAGCAGAGAAUUACAAAUGAAAAUUUUUAGUGCAGAGGAAAUGUAUAAAAUUUGUGAUAUGAUGAUUACAUCUGGUCGAGAAUAUUCAAAGCGAUGUAGGAGCCCAUGCCCACUAAUGUAUCAUUAUUAUAAUACUCAAUAUUUGGGUGCUGCACACGGAUUGAGCUUUAUAUUACAAAUCCUUUUAACUGUACCAGGCUAUAUAAAUUAUAAUAAAUCUGCUGCUCAAGAUAUAAAAGCUACUGUAGAGUUUAUGGCAUCUUUGCAAACAGAAGAUGGUAAUUGGCCAUGUUGUAUGGAGGAAGUUGGAUUAAGUGACCACAAACUAAUACAUUGGUGUCAUGGAGCACCUGGCACCAUAUACUUAAUGGCCAAAGCUUAUCUUAUAUUUAACGAUCCAAGAUUUCUUGAGUCUUGCAUCAGAGUAGGUGAUUUAGUCUGGCAGAAAGGUUUGCUACGUAAGGGCCCUGGAAUUUGUCAUGGAGUAGCAGGCAAUGGUUAUGUAUUUCUGCUGCUAUAUAGGUUGACUGGAGAUGAGAAAUACCUGCAAAGAGCAAAACUAUUUGCAAGUUUCAUGAAUACAGAGGAAUUUAUUCAUGAUGCAAGAUUACCAGACAAUCCUGAAAGCUUAUAUGAGGGUACAGCAGGAACCGUGUGUUUUUUAGCAGAUCUUUUAGUGCAAGAUAAAGCUGAAUUUCCUUUUCAAGAUGUUUUUUCCAAUUACCCUGUAUAA